AUCAUUUUUCGAUUCACUGCAUCGGUUUGAGUACUUGAAUUUGAAAAGAAAGAAAAAAUUGUUUAGAAGGUAUGAGAAAGAAGCAAGGGGUGGUUGGAACUCUAUAAAAUGAAAGUGUUUUAGCCUCUACAACUUAUAUGCUCAUAAGCUUUUUUCAUGGCUUCAUUAGAGAGGAAAAACAUAUUUAGAACAAAGUUUAUUAUGGAGUCAUUAACUAACCUGAUCCGCCGGGCAAAGCUGAUUUUAGCUGUAGCUCUCUUGCAGGGUGCCUAUGCAGGCCAGGCCAUAAUUGUUAGGAUGGCUAUGAACAAGGGAAUGAGCCAUUACAUAUUCUUAGUCUACCGAAUGGCCUUUGCCACUGUUCUUAUUGCUCCAUUUGCUCUUAUCUUGGAUAGGAAAUCGAGGCCGAAGAUGACAUCCUCCAUCCUUGUCAAGACAAUGCUGCUCAGCCUUUUCGACCCUCUGCUUGACCAGAACCUAUACUAUAUGGCAAUGUCCUACUCUACAGCUACUUUCACAUCUGCCAUGUUCAAUAUUCUUCCCGCAAUUGCAUUUUUUAUGGCCUGGAUCUUUAGGCUUGAGACAGUAAACAUUAGGAAACUGCAUAGCCAGGCAAAGGUUCUUGGGACUAUAAUCACAGUUGGAGGAGCUAUAAUAUUGACACUAGCCAAAGGGCCUGCACUAAAUUUGCCAUGGACAAAGGGCAAAAAUCAACAUCAUCAUCAAAUGCAAAGUGAUUCAAACCACAAAGACAUCACAAAGAGUGCUCUAUUGAGUGCAGCAGCUUGCUUCUGCUGGUCUAGUUUCAUCAUUUUGCAAGCAUUUACACUAAGAUCAUAUCCUUGUAAGCUCUCCCUGGCAGCUCUUACAUGUUUUUGGGGUCUGGUGGAAGGAGCAAUCCUGGCCCUUGUAGUAGAAUGGAGGGACAGUAAUGCAGACUGGUCCAUACACUUGGACAUAAGACUUUUAGCAGCUUUUUAUGGGGGUAUACUCUCUGGGGUUGCUUAUUACAUUAUGGGAAUGGUAAAUAAAGAAAAGGGCCCUGUUUUCUUUUCUGCUUUUAACCCAUUAGGCACAGUAAUUAUUGCAAUUCUGGGUUCCCUUGUUUUAGAUGAGCACAUGUACCUUGGGAGUCUUAUUGGAGCCAUUGUCAUCGUUGUUGGCCUAUAUCUGGUUCUGUGGGGCAAGACCAAAGACGAGCCUCCAUCUCAAUUAUCAAAAACUCAGAGUCAACCAAACGAUGAGCCUGUAACUACAAGUCAACAACAAAUGAUGCCAGAGGGAGGCCUGGAUAUAGAACCUGGAGGUGAACCAAAAACAAACAUAAUUGACAGCUAAAAGUUCCCAGUUCAUUCGAGAAAACUAUGGAAUUAUGGGAGAUCAUUAGAAAUUUUUCACAAGGUUGAUGUAAAAAUAUUUAUGUUCUUUUUAAGUUCUCAACAAAAGGUGCACCAUUAUUCUUAAGUUGUGAAUUGUGAAUUUGGACAUGAAAUCUCAUCUCAUCCAACGAGGUGGAGGCCGACAUUU